GCGGAUCAGUUUGUCCGUUCUUGACCUGAGAAGUCCGCUUCGUCAAGCGAAGCCUACUUUAUAGAACCGAACUUGACCUCCCCAGCCCUCUUCUCAAUGAUGUCUCUCUCAGCUCCAUUCUUCCCACCGACUCCCACGUUCAAAACUCUUCACGAUCUUCAAACCCCUCAUACUCCUCGAACGCCGUCUCUCCCUCUUCCACAAUCGUCACCUUUCCUCGACCCCUUCAGCAAUAACACGUAUAGCUCUCCUAGGCUUUCCCCAAGUCCCAGUCCUAGGCCUUGCUCGCUUAAACGUUCAUCGACUUGGAGUCUCCUGUCAUCGUCACCCACAGACUUGGGAAGUCCCUCCAAGGUCGAUCGAGAUUUCAUCAAGACUGCCUAUGUGGCUUCGAGAUCCGGAGCGAAUUUGAUCCAGAUCCUAGAUAUCGAAGGGUCGUCGCCACCGUCGUUUGGAACGGAAAGUGACGAUACGAUGGGAGAUCAUCAUUCUGUGACAAACGGCAUAGAAAAUCGGUCAAACCUUCAACCGAGACAAGGUACAGAUCAUCCCCUUUCGUCUCGGGCACCAUCUUCUACCCCUGUCGAUUCAGCUUUCCCUGGUCACGAGGUGAGAGAUCAGCAUGGAUCGGCAAAGCACAUCAGACCCACAGAGACGACCACUUCAGCGUCUAUCAUUCAUGCUCACCCUUCGCAUCGUUCUUCUAUUGGUUCCGCCCCAUCUAGGGGUUCGAGCCGAGGCCGAUCCUCUACCCGUCGCACUACACCCCUAAACGACAAGUCAUUCCUUCGACUGUCCAUGACGACAGCAUCCAUGUCCGAAUUUACACCAUCCAGCCACAUCACAUCGACGGGGUCAACCGUCGAGGAAGAGAUGGAACUCUCAUCUAGACGAUCCAGCGCCGGGACAUUCGGUCGAGCCCGACGAUGGAGCGUUUCAACUGGAUCUCUUGUCGAUAGGGAAGUCUCUGGCACGUUUCGAGGUGCCAAAGAAGCAAGCGAGACGUUUCUCAGCGAUGACGAGCUGGGUCCGGGGGAUCACGAUGACGAGUCGAUGACUUCCAGUCAACGUAGACGUCGGAGACGUCACCAGUCUGCAUCUUCUUCCUCUGCUUCUGGCGGCCCGUCUGGACCGAUGUCUGCGGACGCCAUUGCCAUCCAUAACAGCAAGGGCUUGUUCCCAUCACCUACGCAACCAAAGAAGACUCACCGGAAACCCGAAUCAGACGCAGCUAUCACGGCUCACCUCCUCAGAACGGCGUCCGAGCUCAGGAACGCCAUUGAAGAGCGGACUGGUCGAUGAGGAUGUCACCGGUGUGGCAACGAGUGAGGAUGAGAGCAUUGAAUAUCGCGUAUCGAAGCGAGAUCCAGCCAGGACCCGAAGCAAGAUUGAACAAAUGCUGGGGGACGGUGCUUUGGCUGCCGAGAAUCAGAUGGCGUUCGAGAGACAGGCAUGGAAGGAUGCGAUACAAAUGAUGCCCAAGUCGUGAGUGGGGCACACAUCCU